GUUAGCGCGUAUCACGUGGUCUUCAGACCACCUGGCAGCGGUCACUGCGGUUGGCUCUUUGGUGUCCUUUGACGUGCCGAUUCCCCGCCAUGGACUCCUAGACCAAGAAAGCGGAUGAGAUUUACCACCCUUUCUUGCAGGCGUCCCCUACAAUGACGGACUGAGGGCAGCCACAACGACCAUGAUCGCGGAUACCUUGAGGAAGCGAGUCAUGGUCAUGGACGGCGCCAUGGGCACGAUGAUUCAGCAGUUCGGCCUCGACGAGGCAGCGUAUCGGGGUUCCGAGUUUGCCAACCACCUGAGACCACUGCAAGGCGACAACGACCUGCUCAACCUGACCAGGCCCGACGUCGUUACGGAGAUACACAAGCACUACCUGGAGGCCGGCGCUGACUUCGUGGAGACAAACACUUUCAGUUCGACAUCCGUGGCCCAAGCUGAUUACGGACUGAGCCACCUGGCCUACCGUCUGAAUCUGGAAGGCGCCAAGCUAGCCCGGCAAGCCUGCCAACAGGUCGAAGCACAAACAGGCCUGCCGAGGUUCGUGUGCGGGGCGAUGGGACCGACCAACCGAACACUGUCGAUAUCUCCGUACGUCGACCGACCGGAUGAGCGCAACGUAUCUUUCGACAAGCUGAGCGCUGCCUACGUGGAACAAGUGCACGGUCUCGUUGACGGAGGUGUCGACGUGCUUCUCGUCGAGACUGUUUUUGACACGGCCAACAGCAAGGCGGCCCUGUUCGCGAUUCAAGAGUACUUCGAAGCAACUGGAAAAAGCCUCCCUGUAUUUAUUUCAGGGACUAUCGUCGACAAAAGUGGUCGAAAUUUGUCGGGCCAAACGUGCGAGGCAUUUGUGCUAAGCGUCAGCCACGUAAAGCCUCUGUGCGUCGGCCUCAAUUGCGCACUUGGAGCCAAGGAGAUGCGUCCGUACUUGAAGAACAUGUCUGUUUUCACUGAAGCAUACGUUAUCUGCUACCCUAAUGCUGGCUUGCCUAACGAGUUUGGUGAAUACGAUGAGACUCCUGAAGACAUGGCAGACAGCAUAAAGGAGUUCGCCGAGAGUGGUUUGGUGAACGUGGUGGGCGGUUGCUGCGGCACGACGCCGGAGCACGUUCGCGCAAUCGCCGAUGCUGUGAAGGGUGUGCGACAGAGGGCGCCACCGGUGGGAGUCAGGAGACGCUGCCUCAGUCUGUCCGGACUUGAAGCGGUGAUAAUCACAUCAGAAACACUGUUUGUGAACAUCGGUGAACGCUGCAACAUUGCCGGAUCUCGAAGAUUUGCGGAGCUGAUUCGCCAGGAUAAGUACCAGGAUGCGCUUCAAGUAGCCAAGGAGCAAGUCGAGAUGGGGGCGCAGAUUUUGGACAUCAACGUCGACGAUGGUAUGAUUGACGGUGUGAAAGCGAUGACCAAGUUUCUCAACUUGAUUGCCAGCGAGCCUGCCGUGGCCAAGGUUCCUAUCUGCAUCGACUCGUCAAAUUUCGACGUAAUUCUGGCAGGGAUGAAGUGCAUCCAAGGAAAAGGCAUCGUUAACUCUCUCAGCCUUAAAGAAGGCAAGGAGGAGUUUCUCAAGCAGGCACUCUCGAUAAAAAAGUUUGGUGCCGCUGUGGUGGUCAUGGCUUUCGAUGAAGUGGGUCAGGCCACUGAUGAGAACCGCAAGGUGGAGAUAUGCACAAGGUCAUACGAGAUCCUUGUUCAGGAAGCGGGAUUCGACCCCAGCGAUGUGAUCUUCGAUCCUAACAUCCUGACUGUCGCCACCGGCUUGUCCGAGCAUGCCAAUUACGCAGUGGAUUACAUCAACGCCACUCGUCGAAUUAAAGCGACCCUGCCGGGUGCCCGAGUCAGCGGCGGAGUGUCGAACCUGUCUUUUGCAUUCCGUGGUCACGAUCGCAUUCGAGAAGCGAUGCACAGCGUUUUCCUGUUGCACGCAAUUGAGGCAGGGAUGGACAUGGGCAUCGUCAACGCCGGAUGUCUUCCUGUGUACGACAGCAUAGGCCCGGAACUUCUUGAGCUCUGCGAAGCAGUCGUCAUGAACACAGACCCAGACGCAACCGAGAAGCUUUUGGAAUACUCCAAGGGCUUAAGCAAUGAAGGCAAUCGUAGAGAAGCUGAAAACAGCUGGCGGAACGCUUCUGUCGAGGAGAGGCUGAAGACGGCACUAAUCAAGGGUUUGGACUCUCACAUUGAAGAGGACGUUGAAGAAGCUCGCAAUAGAAAGGACACUUACCCGCUCACCCUGAAUAUCAUCGAGGGACCUUUAAUGACGGGCAUGAGUGUCGUCGGCGACCUGUUCGGCGAGGGCAAGAUGUUCCUGCCUCAAGUCAUCAAGUCAGCGAGGGUGAUGAAGAAGGCGGUCGCCUACCUGGUCCCUUUCAUGGAACGAGAGAAGGAGCAAGCGAGGAAGCUGCUAGGGAGCUCAGCUACAAACGAGGUUAGCCACUCCGGUGUCGUGGUUCUGGCCACGGUCCGGGGUGACGUGCACGACAUCGGGAAGAACAUCGUGGCAGUCGUCUUGGGCUGCAAUAACUUCAGACAUCCUUGGCCUGUCUGGGCUCAUAACGCCAUCCCUGAACGAAAUGAUCCACGUGGCAACAGAGAUGGAACGCCAAAAGUUUGCCAUCCCGCUGCUUAUAGGGGGCGCCACGACAUCGAAUGCACUUCCCUGCUGGACGCUAACAGAAGAAAAACAUUUGUCGAAGACGUCGAGGAGGAGUACGAAGAACUCAGGGAGGACUACAUGGACUCGCAAAGGGAAAGGAAGUACGUCUCCCUGGAAUACGCCAGGCAGAACAGACUUCAGCUCAACUGGAACACUGAUUUCAUCCCAAUAAGGCCACUGUUCUUGGGCACGAAGUUUUUCCACGACGUCGACGUUGGAGAGCUGGUGCCUUACAUCGAUUGGAAACCGUUUUUCGACGUGUGGCAGCUGAAAGGGAAAUACCCGAACCAGCGGUACCCGAAGAUUUUCGAAGACGGUGACGUGGGCGAAGAAGCGGAGAGAUUGUUUGACGAAGCGAAUCAGAUGCUUAGGGAAAUCGUUGACCGCAAGAUGCUCCAAGCUCGUGGUGUUGUGGGGUUUUAUUCGGCGAACAGUGUCGGCGAUGACAUCUUCCUGUACACAGACGACGGCUUUCCCAGGAGACAGAGCGCCGGCACUUUGUUUGGACUUCGACAGCAGGCUGCGAAGGGCAAGGCUUCGCCCUUCUACUGCCUAUCUGACUUCGUGGCGCCCAUGGAAAGCGACGUCCAAGACUACGUCGGCCUCUUCGCAGUGUCCGCAGGAUUCGGAUGUGAGGAAGCGUGCGCUAGUUUCCGAAAGAACCACGACGAUUUCAAGGUCAUAAUGAUAGAGGCCCUCGCUGACAGACUGGCAGAGGCGUUCGCUGAAAUGUUACACGUCGAAGUAAGGAAAACUUACUGGGGCUACUCACCGCACGAAGCGCUGGAGCGAGCGGAGCUGUAUUCAGCCAGAUACAAGGGCAUCCGGCCGGCGCCCGGCUACCCUUGCCAGCCCGACCACUCAGAAAAGCUGACGCUGUGGCGCCUGAUGAACGUCCGGGAGGCCGUGGGCAUCGAGCUCACCGACACGCUGGCCAUGCGUCCCGCCGCGUCCGUCUGCGGUCUCUACCUGGCGCACCCGCAGGCCGCUUACUUCGCUGUCGGUCGCGUCGCGCGCGAACAGGUUGAAGACUACGCUAGAAGAAAAGGCACUACGUUCGACGAAAUACGAAAGUGGUUGGGCCCUAUACUGGACACAGAUUGAGGCAUGGAUUAGACCGCUGGAUCAUAGAAUCAGCGGCUUGUUACGAAGCCGAGUGUAGUGGUCGCCUGUCGGCUGGAAGUCAAGUGCUGCUAAAACGGAGACUCAGUGUGGGGAUAAGAUCAUGUAGCAUGCAUGCAUGAGCUGUCAUCUGAACGCAUAUGUUUACAGUUCAUUGCCACUAUCUCACUAGUCACCUACCCACGUGUCCAUCAGCCAACUGUUCAUCCUUAGACUGAUUUCCUUCAACCGUCGCUCGCUCGCUGGCUCGCUCGCUGAUUCAUUCAUUCACUCUCACUCAAUCGCUCAUUCCCUCACUACCACAGACUCACUCAUUCACUCUCAUUCACUCACUCGCUCACUCACUCUUGCUCACUCAGUCAUUAUCUCUCAAUCACUCAUUCCUUCGCUGGCUGGCUGCCUGGCUCCCUCACUCGAAGUAAGCAUUCACCCAGUCAGUUAGUGUGUCGGUUAACCACAUAGUCGUUUUUUUACCCACUCGAUCGGUUGGUUUAAAUGUUAACCACUGCACCAGUGGUUGACCUACGAACUACAUUUCCGCUUUCUUUAACGAACCAAUGCAGCAACAUAGACGUGCUCUCAAGAAAUCUCUCCAUAUUUCAAUCGAAAUUUCGUAUUUACGUAGACCCUAUGUGUCCUGCGCGUUCAAUGUAUGGAUAUCGAUGCCUUCCCGUCGUUCUGCCGAGGCUGAAACGUUUUCGCUGUAUCAGCGCGACUAUAGACUAUACGUUACGAACCUAGAAACCCGGAAUCACGCUAAGCUGGCACGUGAUGCGAAUCAAGUGGCUCUCCUACAGAGGUGAAAGAGGAAGAAAUAAAG